GCCCUUUUCUGCAGCUCUCUAUGUCGGUUAAUAUCGUGUCCCAAACAGCUGAAACUUUAACGUAUUCUGGAUAAAAUAAGAGUGUGGAGUGUUUUGUUUCUUUACAUAAGUAUUAGCCGAAGUGCCGUUGAAUCCCUCGUAUUCUUUCCUAGGAAUUUUCUUUUUCAGUCAGCAUCGUUGUGAUGUAACAUAUAAUUAUCAAGAACAAUCUUUCAUUAUUUUAUCUCAUAAUAUGAGCCCAUCGGCUUGUGACUGAGCAGUGGACUCGGCGAGAGAAGGCGACAGAGGAAAGCACGUUGGAGUUAAAGGAAACGCAAAAGCGAAGUCCGGGGUCUUCUAGGAGUUCAGAAGUCCAACGAAACACUUCUGCCAGUUAUAAACUUCAGCAAAGAAAAUGGCUGAGAGAGUAAAUCACCUACCUUACUUCUUUGGCAGCAUCACACGAGAUGAAGCAGAGAGCUUCCUGAAGCAGGCUGGAUUGGCUGAUGGCCUCUAUCUUUUACGUCAAAGUCGCAACUACCUUGGGGGCUUUGCCUUAUCUGUGGCAUAUGGUAAUAAGUGUUACCACUAUACUAUAGAAAGAGAAUUAAGUGGAAGUUAUCUCAUAGCUGGUGGAAAGUCCCACAAAAGUCCUGUGGAUGUUUGUGAAUACCAUACUGAAUCAACUGAUGGCCUUGUCUGUCUUCUGAAAAAACCAUGUAAUCGACCAAGUGGAAUUGAACCAAAAGUUGGACCAUUUGAAGACCUGAAGGACCAUCUCAUCAGGGAAUACGUUCAACAGACAUGGAACUUGCAGGGGGAUGCUCUUGAACAAGCAAUCAUCAGUCAAAAGCCACAGUUGGAGAAACUAAUUGCAACAACUGCCCAUCAGCGAAUGCCUUGGUUUCAUGGGAAGAAAUCCCGAGAUGAUGCUGAACGCUGCAUGUUCAGAGGCCCACGGACAAAUGGAAAAUUUUUAGUAAGAGAUCGUGAUGACAAGGGAUCGUAUGCUCUGUGUUUGUUUCACGACGGCAAAAUAUAUCAUUAUCGGAUUGACAGGGACAAAGCAGGGAAGCUAUCCAUUUCAGAUGGGAAAAAGUUUGACACUCUUUGGCAGAUGGUGGACCACUACUGUUACAAGUCAGAUGGCCUUCUCCGUGUUCUAACGGAGCCAUGUCCAAAUCCGGACCAUCCAGUCGAUCCUAUGGGAUUAACCCCAGCACCACCCCUUCCAAGUCACCAUCCUCGGAAUGAGGGAGCAGGUGGAAUAUUGUCCAGAAUCAAAACCUUUCCAAAGUCUGGUUUCAAAAAGAAAUCAACAGUGGUUGACCGUUCUUUUAGUGCAACAACUUUGAACCCAUACAUGCCCAGGCCUAAUAGACAGACUGAAGUGGUAGAAAGAGGUGUACGGAAAGAUGCCAUGCCCAUGGAUACCAGCGUCUAUGAGAGUCCGUAUGCUGACCCUGACGAGCUGCAGGGAAAGACACUUUACUUGCAAAAUGAUUGCCUCAUACUGGAAGAGAAGGAACUUGGAUCUGGUAACUUUGGUACAGUAAAGAAAGGAAUUUACAAAAUGAGGAAGAAAAAUAUAAGCGUAGCAGUAAAAGUAUUAAAGAGUGAUGAUCCUGCAGUAAAGGAUGAGCUGAUGAAGGAGGCACAAUUCAUGCAUCAACUUGAUAACCCCUAUAUCGUCCGUAUGAUUGGCAUCUGCGAGAGAGAGUGUUUAAUGCUGGUGAUGGAACUCGCUGAACAAGGCCAAAUGAAUAAAUUUCUAAUGACUCACAAAGACGUUAGCAUUAACAACAUAGUUGAAUUGGUGCAUCAGGUGUCCAUGGGCAUGAAGUACUUAGAAGAGAAAAAUUACGUGCACCGAGAUUUAGCGGCAAGGAAUGUUCUCCUUGUAACUCAGCAUUAUGCUAAAAUCAGCGACUUUGGUCUGUCAAAAGCCAUAAACUCUGAGGAGAAUUACUACAAGGCCAAAAGUACAGGUAAAUGGCCAAUAAAAUGGUAUGCACCAGAAUCUAUUAACUACUACAAGUUUUCCAGCAAAAGUGACGUCUGGAGCUUUGGUGUGAUGAUGUGGGAAGCGUUUUCUUAUGGGCAGAAGCCAUACAAAGGAAUGAAGGGCCAAGAAGUUGUACAAAUGAUCGAAGCAGGCCUGCGAUUGGAAAUACCAGCCAGAUGUCCUGUUGAAAUGUUUGAAUUGAUGCAAGAAUGCUGGACGUACAAAGCAAAUGAACGGCCAGGAUUUGUUACUGUGGAACACAAGCUGCGUGAAUUCUACUACACCAUUUCAAAGGAGUAGAAUACUUAAUAAGAAUCUUGCAGAUUCUUUAGAUAGAAUUUGAUAAUAUUUGUAUUUGCCAUGCUGUUUAUAAGCAAGUUAUACUCAGUGAUAAAAAUGAAACUGCCCCAAUGCAAUAUAUAUGAAAUAAAUGUAGAAAGAACAAAAAGCUUUAUUUCCACCUGGGAGAUGAAGACCUCAAAGAGCAAACUGUUUAUUUCAGGAUUCUAUCAAUUUACCCUUUAUCGUUCAGCUGGUUGUGUGACAUUCACGGUAUUUAAGGAAUUGACCCUACAUAGCCUAUGCUGAAUCCUCCAUCAACUAUUUUUCUAAAGAACAGUAGCUUCAUUGGUAAUAGGGAUCUUACAAUAGAAACAUUGGCUUAAGUUUAAUUUUGCCAUAUCUGCACUGCUUCAGUGUUUCCAAGAAUUCAAAACUCGUAAAAUUUAAUGAUAAGGUACUUCUUGAUUUAUAUUUACCAUGGUAAAAGGCAGCACAAAACACUGUCACUCUUGAGUCAGUUAAAUAUUAAACAAAUAUUCAGGUAUUUAUAUGCAAAGCAAUGCAGUUUAAAUUUUCUGUCUGUGAUUUAGAAAGAGGCAAGUGGUUUGAGUUGUAAGUCACAUGAUUACGUGGUUUUGGAAACAGAUGCAGAGGAAUGUAAUAGUUAACUGUAUUAAAAGCUGCUUCCAUUCCGUUCCUACAUCCAACCUGACCGUGUAAGACUCUGCAUAUGUAGCACCACUGGAGGGCCGAGUUUCUCAUCUUAAUACAUUUGUCAUGUGUCCAGACAGAUACUUAAGAUGGGUUAGUAAGUUUAACUAUGGGACCAAAUGAUUUUCCAAGCUACUUGAAACUCACAUACAAAGAGCUAAAUGACUGCCAGGCAAUUACCUCUUUAAAUACUACGGUAUUUAUGGUAGCCUUUUUGGCUGCUGCCUUGAAAGACCCUAUUCAUGGAAUGUGUUGUUUUGGGUGAAUGAAUGGAUGGAUAGAGAACUUUUCAAAAGAGGCCAAUAAGAAAGAGAUGUGACAUUCUAUAACUAAGGAAGCGAAUGUCCAUGGUGGCUGAAGAAAUGGGGAUAUGCAGAAGGUGAAAAAAAUACCGGGGAGGGGGGAAGGGGUGGGGUGGUUGAACCUUCAAGACGAAUGGAGAGCUCAUGUUAAGAGUGAUGUGCUAGAAUUGUCUAAAAGGGCAGAAUUAGGUGCUUAGAAACAAAUACACAUCAGGAUGUAGCUGAAGGGGCAAUUAGUCACCUUUCCUGCUCUGUUUAACCUCUUGAGCAGAUUUUUCUACUGAAUUUGGAACUUUGAACCCCCAAGUCUUCAACAUCUAUUCAAUAGUCAAGUUGAAAUUUACUCGUACUUCCUUUAUCACUCAAUGUAGUUGGUCAGAAAACCUGAACAAAUAUAUCAUUUUCUUUCACACAGUGCAUGGUGCAUCUCUAGAUCUGUACACCUGGGUGGACUGCGGCAGCUGGAUCUCUAGGAGUAUUUGAAGAGGUGGUGGACACAGUUUUGAAACAGUGGGGAAUUGAGGCCCUUGGGGAAUUGGCAGAGAAGAUAAGAUGAACCUGGUGCAGAUCAGCCAUGAUGGUCUUGAAUGGUGAGGCAGAUUUGUGAGUCCAAGCGGCACACUCUGCCCACUAUUCCUCUUCCGAGGGUGUGUGCUGCGGUUGUGUGUGUUCGUGUAUGUUUGUGUGUGUGUGUGAGACGUCUGUGCAUGUUUUGCCCCCAUCACUUUCGACUUCCAGCAUGCCAGCAACUCAAAGUUUAGCCCAGAACUUAAAAUUGAUGGGAAUAUACACAAAAUGCACUGAGAACUAAGAAUGUGAAAGUCAUGAUCACAUUUUAAACUACAAAUUUUUAGUUGAAGUUUGAAUAAGAGAUCCGUUUAUCUGACUACAGUUAAAAUACAACAGAGCCUAUCAUAUUGAGAUUCUACCUGCAACCUUGUUAGAUCAGGCAGGUUACAUCUACCUGUAAUUAACAUUGCUAUCACAUUGAAACAACUUAAUAUUACUGUAUGAUAUUACUGAAUCACUAAAAUUUUUGUGUAUCCACUUGACCAAUAACUCACCAAAUGGAAGAUUCUGCUUUCAAAACACAAGCUCAAAUGUUUCAAGAUUCAUGAAGGUUAGAUCAUUGGGACUCAAUGUGUCUUGCCACCUGGCAUGGGAGAGGCAAGAAAGAAAACCCAGUAUUAAUAAAGGAAGCUUGCUCAGGAGAGUCACAGAUGAUCACAUGGAUAUUAUAAGAAGAAUUCUCUUCAAUACAAAGUGAUUUCUGUCCCAGUCACAGACAAAAUUGCAGACAUUAAGUUAAUGUAAUAAUGAUGUGCCUUCCUACAAUUUAUGUCAUUGUGAUGCGUAAUUACGAAAGAUAGAAAAGAUGUACUAAGUGUUUUCAUUAAAGUUGUGCCUUCUUAAAGCUAGAGAUAAUACUGAAUCUG